AUGAUGAUGCGUCCCGUUGUGUGUUUGCUGGUUUUUCUGCUGAGUGUUGCCUCUGUAUAUGCGGAAGGUAACAGUCAGCCUGGUGCGGCAGAUGGACUUGGUGGUACUGUUACUGUUACUUCUAAAACUCCUUGUCGUACUGAAGGUGACGCACGAAUCUUUACUGCUCUCUAUAGUGCAGAAGAAAACUGUCCUUUGGAAAACUCUCUUAUCCCACGUGGUUCUGCUGCGAAAGGAGGUCAGGGUGGAGUCCAAGGACAAGUUCAGACGGAUCGAACUGGGGUUCGUGAAGAUGGUGCUGUUUCUUCAGAUACCCAACACCGAGAAGUUCCAGCUAGAGACAGCAUAUCUUCAUCAUCAAGUGGUGCAGGACAACCGAGUACACAAGAUGGUCCCACGAAACCAGAGACGACAGCACCAACUACGGAAGCACAAUCACCUGAACUUGUUGAUUCCAAACAAAACGAAACACAAAGUGAAUCUGAAACAGCCCCAGAUAACAGUACUGUUAAACCUGGUGAUGAUUCGCAGAAUCCUUCACAAGCGACAGAGAAUACUGCAGCAACGAAUACAACUGCCACAACAGGCUCAGAAGAAACCAAUACCACUACUUUGUCAAGCACCGAGAACACUACCACAGAAGCACCAACUACCACUCCAUCUCCUUCACCUGUACCCAACGCAGAGAUCAGCACCAUUGCUUCCACUGUGAAGAACAAGGCUAAUGUUGACAGCAGUAUCAGUUCUGUAUGGGUGCGUGUGCCACUAGUGAUUGUGGUGGUAUUGGUCUCCGUUACCGUGUAUUGA